CUUAUCCAUAACCAUACGAGAGAAUGAUUGAAAGAAUGGGAGGAGGGAGCAGCAGAGAUAGUAGCAGCAAGUAGAAUUGGGCAUUUGAGCAAUGGCUCUCCUCCUCCAAAUUCCCGCUUCCAGUACGAGGACUACCGUUUCAACUCUGCUUUCCUCUCUUUCCUCAUCUUCAUCGCCUUCACUAACUUUUGCCCUCACUUCUUUUCCGCUUUCCAGGCUGUGCAACAACCCUUUGGCUGCAUAUCCCAAACCGUAUGUUGCAUGCAGCAUUCAGCCGCCUUUCCUUCAGAAGGAGAGGAGGGCACCGCUGGCUAAGGCAUCUGCUGAAGGCGCGAACUCGGAUGGGCCUGAGCUUCCGUCAGAGAGCGAGGAGGAAGAUGUGCCCAUUCAGAAUCUUCCUCUGGAGUCCAAGCUUCAGCUGAAGCUUGAGCAGAAGAUGAGGAUGAAGUUGGCAAAGAAAAUCAGGCUACGAAGAAAGAAGCUGGUUAGGAAGCGUCGCUUGAGGAAGAAGGGGCGAUGGCCACCAUCAAAGUUGAAGAAGAACAAGAAUGUUUAGUGUUUGUCGGAAGACAUCUUCCAGGUUGAGUGCUGGCACAUUUUCUUGCUUAUGCUUGUUGGCAUUCAUCUUCCAUCACUUCCAUCAGUUAAUUUUUGUGUAAUGUAGUUAGAAACUCAGCUGCUAAGUACAAAUGCAUAACUUCCAAAUGGUUUAUCAAAUCAAGAGAUCUAUUGUAUUGACCCGGUUGCUUUUGCUCUUUGUGCUGGACUAUUCUAGGCAUUACCAGAUGAUCGGCAGAUUUUUUUUCUUGUUUCACUUUUGUCACAUCAAGAUUCAUCAAAAUUAGUGAAAUCACCAUUAUACUCA